CACAGUCUGAGGUCUGCAGCUGUCCCAAACAGUCAGCUUGACACAUGAGUGCUCAGCUUGGCAUUUACAUCGUCAUAGUCGGCCAUCAACUCACAUGAGGACUCUGGGAAUUGGAAAUCGCCGAAAGCAAACUAUGGACAUGCAAAGACUGUGUUAGCAUGAGCCAAGAAAAAGCAUCGCUUGGUCAGGACUUGGGAACGGAAACUUUCAACGGAAACUUCUGCUGUGACCUUCCACAUAAAGGUGUAGCAGUGGUGACAGAACAUAAUGGACCAGGAAGAUGACAAAAACUCGGUGGAUAUUCAUGACAAUCCUCCAGCUCCUGACAAUGUUGUGAGGGAGGACGGAGACACGGUAUACUUUAUAUACGAAGAAGAAGUGGAGGUGGAGGAGAAGGAACCAGAACCUCCAGAACCUGUCAUCCGUGUCAACGACAAGCCCCACAAGUUCAAGGACCACUACUGCAAGAAGCCCAAGUUCUGUGACGUCUGUGCUCGAAUGAUAGUCCUGAACAACAAGUUUGCUCUGAGGUGUAAAAACUGCAAGACCAACAUCCACCAUUCAUGUCAGUCCUAUGUUGAGUUCCAGAAGUGCUUUGGCAAAAUACCUCCAGGCUUCAGGCGGGCGUACAGUUCCCCUCUGUACGGCAGCGACCAACCAGAUCCAAACAAUCCAAAUCGGAAUGACCCGGUCUUUGACACCCUAAGGGUGGGUGUCAUCAUGGCGAAUAAAGAACGCAAAAAGAAUGAAAAUGACAAGAAAAAUAUGCUGAUGAUGAUGGAGGAAGAGGAAGAUGACAAUCAACAACCCAAAGAAAAUGAGGACGGAGGAGAAGGGAAGCCUGAAGAGAAGAAAGAGAAAGGAGGAGAAAAAGCAGAUGACAAGCAAAAAGGAACCUUUUCCCAGUCACACUACUACUUGGCUCUCUACCGCUUCAAGGCCAUAGAAAAGGAUGAUCUGGACUUUCACCCUGGUGAUCGCAUCACAGUCCUAGAUGACUCCAAUGAAGAGUGGUGGAGGGGAAAGAUGGGAGAGAAAAGCGGCUAUUUCCCCACCAACUACCUCAUCAAAGUGCGUGCAUCAGAGAGGGUUUACAAGGUCACACGCUCUUUUGUUGGGAACAGAGAGAUGGGACAAAUCACACUGAAGAAAGACCAGAUUGUAGUGAAAAAAGGUGACGAGAAAGGUGGCUACUUGAAGGUCAGCACUGGACGCAAGCUGGGCUACUUCCCCUUUAAUCUGCUGCAGGAGAUCACUGUGAUAUAAGAAGGAAAAAAAAAAAAGAUACAUCAAAACACUUGUGUGCAAAUGACAAAGUCAAAGAGUCAAUGUUUUUAUUCUGGCAGGUGACCUACAGCAUUAUGUAUAUUUUAAAUAUCAGAAAAGAGUGAGUAGCCAUUUAUUUGUCUUAUUUUAGAUAGUGUUGCACCAAUACCGAUACCAAUACUAGUAUCAGGAGGGGCCCUGAUGCGACAUUAAAACGCUGUCAUCAGUGUUUGACAGUACUAACAAAUUUAUAUGUAGAAAGAUUGAAGUUGGUUGAACGGAAAGACGACUGGAAAACGCUGAUUCCUCUGAUAAAUUUUCAAAAUCAGACUGGUCAAAUCAAGCCAGUUUUGGAGUCUUUUACAAUCACUACCAGUAUCGUAAAAUAAAAUUUCGCAUCUCGAGUUGACCAAUGAGAGCAACCAUCAACAGCAUCGGUGUUCACCAUAGUUCGGAACACAUAACGGAAUUAGCAACUAUCUUGCCUCUGUUAUCACACUUGACCGCCUGCCCUCAGGCUGCACACAGCAUACAAAUGUGACGUCACACGGUAGGGGUCUAUUUGAAUCACACAAUAUAAUAUUUUAGAUGUCCAAAUGUUGCACCUUGCUUUAUUACAAAUGCACAUUCAUGAGAAUAUCUGGCCCAAGUUUCACUCUAACCAAUAAGAAGAGCGAUGGAAAUAGGCUGUUGAUUCAACACAAGUACUGUAUUCUGUUAAUAUCUGACUGCAGAUACUUCCUAAGGGAUGAUUUAACUAUGAACUAUGAAUGAGUUUACAUCCACGUGAGGAUGCAGUUUGUUGGAAUUACUGUACAUGAAAAAAAAAAGUUCUUAUAUUUUGUUUUUUUCAAACGGUGUGAUAUUGGUACGGUAUCGACUUAGGCCGAUACUGCACUAGUAUUGGAAUCGGUAUCAUGGGCAAACAAUGGCAUUGGAACAACACUAAUUUUAGAUGUGGAUGGGGGCUUUGAUUUUCUAGUGUGGUCAAUGUAAUGUUUUCAUGAACAGGGGCAGCAGACACAGUUAAACACGGCAAGCAUCCAUGCAUUUUCUACACCCGCCCUACCAUUGACCUGUGGUCAGGGUAGGCAAGUGAGGCAGUGCCGCUCCCUGCAUGUGAAGAGAAAAAAAAA